AUGUCGAUUGAGGAAGAGGCCAACCUUAAAUCGAGCGGCAAGGGACGCCCGCUGCACGUCAAGAUUCUCAUCGGGCUAGUCAUCGGCGCCACGCUCGGAAUCGCAUGCAACAUCGGCUUUCGCUUGCCGGAGGAUCCUCAGCUACGUGCCGAAUUAGACAAGAACAACGACGGCGUUGACGACCGGUUAGAAGCCUUCGCCAACAACAUUGCCGAACCCCUGGGUCGCGUCUUUUUGCGACUGGUGUUGAUGGUCGUACUACCGCUGGUCUUUUCCGCCCUGGUACUCGGCGUGAUGGGUUUCGGCGAUAUAUCGCGCCUGGGGCGGGUCGGUAUCAUCUCGCUGCUAUUCACUAUAUUGCUGUCCGGGAUAUCCGUGGUCAUCGGGCUAACGAUGGUCAAUCUCAUUCGCCCCGGUGCUGGGGUCACCGACGAACAACGCGCAACCCUAGAGGCCGGCUAUACCGAUACCACCCAACAAGCCAUCGGGCGCGCAGAAGAUGCCAAGCCGCUGCCGCGGAUUCUGCUCGAUAUGAUCCCCGAGAACCCAAUUCAAGAAGCCGUGGGCGCGCUCGACGGAACUUCCCCUGGCAAUGGCAUGCUCGCCAUCAUGUUCUUCGCACUUAUCUUCGGGAUCGCCCUUUCGAUGGUGCCCGAGGAGCGAGCGCGUGGGUUGGUGCACUUCAUGGAGGGCCUUUUCGAAACCACCAUGAUCAUCAUUGGCAUGGCGAUGCGGCUGGCUCCGUUCUGCGUCGGCUGCCUCAUAUUCGCACUCACCGCCAAACUGGGUGGCGACAUUCUGAUCAGCCUGGUUUGGUUUGUGAUUACCGUCGUCGGUGGGUUGGCCAUUCAGAUGUUCGUCGUCUAUUCGUUGGCGCUCUGGCUUCUAGCCGGUCGCAACCCGGUUCAGUUUUUUCGUGAUGCAUCGGAAGCCAUUCUUAUGGCCUUUGGAACUUCGUCUUCCAACGCCACGCUUCCCACCGCGCUUCGUGUGGCGCAAGAAGAUCUCAACAUUCCUCCCGCCAUUUCGCGUUUCGUGCUAACCGUGGGGGCCACUGCGAAUCAGAACGGUACCGCCCUUUAUGAGGGAGUGGUUGUGCUGUUCCUUGCGCAGGUGUUCGGGGUUGAACUUACGCUAGUGCAGCAAACCACCGUCGUACUCAUGUCGGUUCUGGCUGGUGUGGGAACCGCCGGAGUGCCUGGCGGAUCAAUUCCCCUAAUCGUCAUUCUUUUACAAACGGUCGGAGUCCAGCCUGAGGGCAUUGCUAUCAUUCUCGGCAUCGACCGUCUGCUCGACAUGUGUCGUACAACGCUCAACGUCACGGGCGAUAUGGCCCUGGCGGCCUGUGUGGCCAACUGGGAAGAGAAGGCCCAAGCCCGCGCCGCGGCUGCCGCUCGGCAAUUGAUGCAAACAUUCCGAGAUCUUUACACCCGACUGCUUCGGCGCCGCAGUUUUUGGAUCAUCUGCGCGUUCUUCGCCGUGUUGCCCUUGAUCGUUGCCGGCAGCAUUCGGGCGGUGAACAGCAACACCAACGACGUGCAAGAUUGGCUGCCCGCUUCGUACCAAGAGACGAUCGAUCUGCAGUGGUACAUUUCCAAGUUCAACAGCGGUAGCGAUCAGGUCGUCAUCGUAAGCUGGACCGAUUGUCGGCUCGACGAUCCGCGAUUGCCGAUGCUGGCCGCCAAAAUUCGUUCCGACGACAGCGAGCACCCGUUGUUCAAGAAGGUCGUCACCGGCCCUGAACUAAUUGCUCAACUCACGAGCGAGCCGCUCGACAUCCCCCGCUCCGCCGCGCUGCGCCGGCUCGAAGGUUCGCUCGUCGGACCCGGCUACAUUCACGGUAUGCAGCUGAAGGCCAACGACGAGGGCUACCCGGUAAUCACCAAGGUCGAGCCGGAUUCUCCCGCGAAGCUUGCGGGUUUGCAUCCCGGCCUAGUGGUUCGGGAAAUCAAUGGCACCCCGACCGAUAACCUCGAGGCGGCCCACAAAGCUCUUGUCGACACUUACCGCAACGCCCCCAGCGGAACGCUUGCGAUCCAAACUACAGAACGCAACGAGCCGUUCUCCUGGAACUGGUCGGGACCCCCGCCGGCUCGCCAGACUGGCAUGAUGGUCACGCUGUCGAAUUACGGCAGCUACGAAAAACGUUUGGCGACCACGCUGGCCCGCAUUCAGGAACUGGCCGUCAAUCAAUGUGCCAUCCCCGCCGAGGCACUCCGCAUGGGUGGCCCGCCAGUGGAUAACGUGGCCAUCGACCUCGAAGGACAACGCACCCUCGCCCGACUCGCCAUCUUGUCUUACGGCGUGGGCUUGCUGCUGUGCCUGGUCAUCUUCCGCGACUGGAAACUGACUUGCUACGUGUUCUUCACGGCCAUGUUCAGUCAGGCCACCUCGUUGGCCAUCGUCCACUACACCCACGGCAAAGUCGACGCCAUCCUGCUGAGUAUGCCCACCUUGGUGUACAUGCUCACGAUUGCCGCUGCCGUACACAUUGUGAACUACUGGCGCGAUUCGCUCGACGUGGGCGAUGCCGCCAGCGCCGCAGCCGCAGCCGUUGGGAAAGGUCUCGUGCCCUGUACGCUGGCCUCGUUCACCACUGCGGUGGGUCUGGCCUCACUAUACAUUUCAGACUUGGUGCCGAUUCGUAAUUUCGGUACCUACUCGGCCGCGGCCGUAAUGGCCGCGUUGCCCUGGAUCUUCCUGUUCCUUCCGGCCUGGCUCACGUACUGGCCUCCCAGCACCGCCAAAGCUGAAGUUCAGGAAAAGCCCCCCAGCCCUCUGGCGAUCCGCUUUCGAGAGUUCUUCGUUGGUCUCGGCAAUCUCAUCGUCACGCGCAAUGGCAUCGUUAUCACCACCUCUGUGGCGCUGGUGCUGGUCUGUGGAUACGCAGUGGCGUACAAGAUGAAGACCACCGUCAAGCUGAUGAAGCUUUUCCAAGACGACGCCCAAAUUAUUCAAGACUAUAGCUGGCUCGAGUCGACCCUUGGUGCUUUGGUCCCAAUGGAAGUCGUCGUUCACACUUCGCAGGCAGAACGAGUCAACAUCGACGGGAAACCCACCGGCGGAACAUUCCAACUCGAGUGGGACGGCCCUUCGGGCAAAGCUGCCACCGCACCGCUGCCGUACGAUGUCACAUCAGCCAACCUGGCACAUGCCCUUACCCAGGCCGGGUUGAAAGAACCCAAGGUUCGCCUCAAGAAGACAGACGCAGGCCGCGAGUAUCAAAUCACCCUCGACAACAACGUGCCCCCGCCGGUGAUGACCACUGUGGGUGAACUCGAUGGGGCCACGAUCAACAUCGGCCAUCCUCUGGGGCUCUUCGAUUCGAUCGUCCUGGUGGAUCAAGUCCGUCAGAAGAUCGAGAGCUUGGCCGACGUCGAUACAUCGCUUUCAGCGGCCACGUUCGCGCCCAGCCUAGAAAAACCCCGCCGCACACCCCGCUUCGUGUGGAGGGCUUCGGUCGACUCGGUACUCGAUCGCCAUAAAGACGAGUACUACCGCUCAGGCUUCGUGGCCAACGACUACGACCAGGGAGAAGUCCUCUAUCGCAUUAGCCUCCGCCUGGGGGCGUUCUCCGAUGUCGACUACAGCCACUUCGUCCACGACCUUCGCGAAGCGGUCGACCCGGUCAUUGCCGACGCUCAUGAUGCCGGCGUCGAUGUCACUUACACUGGCGUGGUACCGCUGGUCUAUAAAGCCCAGAACGAACUGCUCAAGGGGCUUUUCGAAAGCUACGGUUUGGCCUUCGCCCUGAUUGCCGUCGUAAUGGUCGCCCUGUUGUGGCAAGUGGUUGGCACCGUGAAAUGCAUCCCCGCCGGCUUGCUGCUGAUGAUCCCCAACCUGUUCCCCACGGCCAUCGUCUUCGGUACCCUUUCGUGGUCCGGCGUGCUGAUCGAUGUCGGCACGAUGAUGUCGGCCAGCGUGGGGCUCGGUGUGGCGGUUGACGAUACGAUCCACUUCAUCACCUGGUUCCGCCGCGGCAUGGCUUCGGGGCUCGAUCGACGUUCAGCGACGAACCUUGCCUAUCAGCAUUGUGCGGCGGCCAUGGCCCAAACCACCGUCAUUGCCGGGUUGGGCAUGUUGAUGUUCGCCGCCAGCACGUUCACCCCCACGCAACGCUUCGGCAUGUUGAUGGUCCCGCUGUUCGCGGCCGCUCUGGUUGGCGACCUUGUCCUGCUGCCCGCCAUCUUGACCAGUCGUUUGGGACGCGUCUUCGAACCCCCGCGUAGCAAGACACCACCUCCCGCGGAACCCACUCAGGUGAUUGAGACCCCCGAGGUUGAAACCCCGGCCGAAGGACCCGAAGAAGUCGCGGUCCCUCUCAUGCGCCCCCCCAUCACCCGCCCCGUUGAAGGCAAACAAAGUUAUCGCGUCGUCGGCUGGUAA